CUUCCUCUCUUCUCUUCUUCAGCAAGCACUCAACCCCCAAAGACUAGUUUCUUGUUUCUUUCCCCCAUUUUCUUUUUUUGUUCUUUCAACUCACAGAGCUGUGCUCUCACCUUAAUUAAUUUUCCGCCAAAAUCAAAAAAUACCAUACCACGCAGUUGCUGGUCAACUAACCCCUUAAUUCACGACCACCACUAUCGCCCCUAAUAGAACGAGAAACUAGUUUUCCCUUGCUCAGAACGCCCCCCCCCUUAAAAUUAUUUGAAAAGAAACGACAACUUUUUGCAACAACAUUCAAUCAUAAUGGCGACCAUUCAGCUGUCUUUCUCUCUCCGCGUUUCUUCUGGCGUCAAGUCCGUCCAUCUGCUUGGCUCGUGGGACAACUACGUUGGCCAGAUUCCCCUUUCCAAGGACAAAUCUUCGAGCAAAUCCGGCUCGUGGAAGGGCACUUUCCGAUUCCAGGGCAACCUCGAGCUCGGCCAGCGAUACUGGUACUACUACAUCAUCGAUGGAUACCACGUCGCGCACAACCCCAGUGAGGCCUCGACCGUCGAGCCCACUACUGGCCGAGAACUGAACAUCCUCGACGUCCCCAAGGACAAGUCUUCCUCUUCCAAGUCCCACAGCUCCAGCAAGAGCUCGUCGAGGCACUCCUCGUCGAGGGACAAGCACAGCUCCAAGCGAUCCUCCCACGCCGACAUCCCCAAGGGCCGCCCCCUCUCCGUUUCGCAGAUCGUCGCACCCAAGCCCAUGUCGCCCCACGCGACUCGCCACAUCUUGGACGCUGAUUACUGCGACGACGAGACCAUUGAGGAGCUAACUGCCCGCUUCGGCAGCACUGGCUUCGACGAGGAGGAUAUCAUCUCCGACAUCUCCAGCUCUCCCGUCUCGUCAUCCGGCUCCAGCCUCUCCUACCGCUCAGGCAGCUCGUCGCCGAGCUCGUCGCUCUCCGGCUACAGCACGCCCGCCUCAGACUACAGCAGCUGCACCUGCGAGAGGUACGGCAUCACGCGCAAGGGCGACCGCGUCAAGAUCGACUGCGGCGGUGCGCGCUGCGGUUACAGCGACGGCGACAGCUCCUGCUCGAGCGGCGAGGAGGAGAACUACGUCCCCCACAACUCCCGCCGAAACGGCAUCGUGGUGCGAUCGUGAAGAGUUACAGGUUCUGGGAGAUCCCACCAAGCAGCAGCUAAUACACCAGAGA